AUGUCUGCUACAAAUCAAACCUCUGUGAAAGAGUUUUUCAUUGUGGGCUUUCCUGGACUUCAUCCUAUGUAUUUUGGGCUUACUUCUGUUCUUUUAUUUUUUGUCUACAUGUUCACUUUAGUGGGAAAUGGAAUAUUUCUCAUCCUGUUUAUAACAGACCGCAGUCUCCACAAACCCAUGUAUGUUAUCAUUUUGAACCUGGUUGUGUCUGAUGUGCUGUUCAGCACCACCACUUUACCAAAGAUUAUUGCCAGGUACUGGUUUCAGGCAGGAGCCAUUUCAUUCACUGCUUGCUUUGUCCAAAUGUACUUUGUGCACUAUUUUGGAACAGUAAACUCAUACAUAUUAUUAAUAAUGGCAUUAGACAGAUAUGUUGCAAUUUGUUACCCUUUGAGAUAUCCUACAAUAAUGACAAAUUCCAUUAUUUUACUGACUAGCAUAAUUUCAUGGGUAGUGGCAAAGGCUUGUCCACUGAUGAUGGUAAUAAGAGCAUACCCCCUGCCAUACUGCGCUUCCAACACCAUCAUUCAGUGUUACUGUGAUCACAUUUCAAUCACAACACUGGCAUGUACUGACCGGACCCCUUAUGCUUUCCCAGCUUUCGUUUUUGCUAUGGUUGUGUUACUGGUACCUCUUGCUUUUAUUGUAUCCUCUUACUGUGCCACCAUUGUAGCAGUAUUUCGAAUUGCAAGUACCCAAGGGCGCCUCAAAACCCUUUCCACAUGCACUCCUCAGCUAAUCAUAAUAGCUCUCUACUUCUUUCCACGGUGUUUCGUGUAUCUUGCAAGCAAUGUGGGAAUAACAUUCAGUACAGAUUUACGGAUCGCCAUCAUCAUGUUAUACAGUCUGCUCCCUCCAAUGGUCAAUCCACUCAUUUACUGCUUAAGGACUAAAGAAGUGAAACAGACUUUGAUGAAAACAUUCACUAAACAACAGGUUGAUAUACAGAAAAUAAAUAUAUCUGCUCUUUCUAAGUAA